UUCACUGCGAACCGACCGCGUGGGAGGCCUGUUCAGGAUCUCGUAGUAAUUUCAACGAGAACUAGCCUACCUUCGUUCGCGGUUCAGUCUUCACCGGAGUGUCUCUCGCGAGCAGUUCUCAUAAAUCAGCCGUGAAAUACGAUGAAAACUUUGUACUAUUUGUAACGAGAACAUGCGUCUUCGAAAGAGCAUCUCUUGUUCGAGCAACGAAACGUUCCAGUGAUGUACGAGUGUGUUUGUUAAUAAUCUUAACGAAGUUAAUUGAUCGACAGACUGAAGAAUAAUUAGGGAGAAGAAGUAUUAAUUAAAAGAUUGAUCAAGAUAGCUUUUAUCGGCGGGAAUUGGAUCGUUGAUUUCUCAAGAGAUCGAAAAUCCAGAGCGGUUCGCGCAAGAAAUCGGGGAAGAAAAUCGUCUGAGAAAAGCUGAGCCUCGCUGGUACAAUCGUACCAGCGGGAUAAUUGAAUCGCCUCGUAAUCAGUUGCAUAACAUUCGCGGGCAAGAGGAAGAUAAUAGAAAAAAAAAAAAGAAUAAUAGUUGAAGCAACCACGAAGCGUCAGAUUGUUAAACCUAUUUACCGUUUCGCGUUCACGCUCAUUGGAUCCCUGCUGGAUCGUGUGCCUCUUCCUUGCUUUUCGUCUCAUUGUUAGAGACGCGUUGCACAAGCCUGGUCGUGCACCAAGUCACGAAGAAAUCCACGUGAUACGGUGGGACGAAGAUUUCAAUUACAGUCGAAGCGGUUAGCAUAAUUGCCGAGCCGAGCGGUCGCUCGUGUCGGCUAGAAAAUCAUCGACAAUUUCGUCCGCGAUAACGCGACUAGUCUGCUGGUUGGUACGAUUCGCGAGCUGGAGCGAAGAAAUUUCUUUCGAAAGAACAUUUCGUACUUUGAUGACUCGUUACACCCGGUGCAUUUCGUUCACGGUCAAGUGCCUUUGAUUCCGACGACCAGCAGGAAGUGCAAAGCAAUUUCCGUUGAGGGGAACCAGGUUAAUACUGCGUUACGUAUGGACAUCUGGAAAACUUGAUGGCACCGACGAUGUCCCGUCACGAUACAGUUUCUAUCCAGUUAAAAAUCUUCUACCCUGCUGUUAAUUAACUUCAUUCUGUGACUUUGUUCUCGUCCGAUUGCGUAACAACCAUUGCGAGAAGAACAAUGAUGGAGAACGUGUACGUGAUAAAGGUGAAAACGAAGCCAGCAUUAUCCUCUCUGUACCCAUCGGAGCGUCGGUAUUCAGCGUCGACCGUGGGUGGUCUGUCCUUCGUUCAUUUCGGUCUGGGUGCGCUCUCCCUUUUGCUGGGCAGUCUCGCGUUAUCUCUUCAAGGUCCGAUCCUCUCGAUCGCGUGUCUGGUACCGUUCGUGACCGGUCUGCUCGCCUGGAGAAGAUGGUACAUCGAUCGGAACAUCGCGAUUUUCUUUUACGGUAGCCUCUUCUCUCUGAUAGCAGCGGUCCUCUGUUUUAUCGCGACCGUUCUGGAUAUCGCCGCUGCAGCGGAGAGCAGAGGAACAUCGUGGUCCUUGGAGAAGAUUCUCGAUCAGCCUCCAGAUCCUUCUCACCUGGAGGAAUACCUGAAGACGGAUACUUUGAUGAACGAGACGAUGUCCCUCGACGAAGACACUUUCAACGCUACCGGCACCCAUGAUCGUUUGUCGGAGAUCAAUCUCUACUCGCCAACAGCUGGGAUCGUGAUCGACAACAUGUCCAAUAUAUCCGGAUACAUUCUGAGAACUACAAACGAAUCCACGGACGAUCACCUGAAGAAUUCUAGCAAAUCUUCCGCUGAAAGUCCUGAGGAUGAACUUCUGUCCACCGAGGGACCGCAGCAAGAUUCGUACAACUCCAACGUCGAAACUUUGCAGAUGAUAAAGGAUAGAAUGAUAUCGUUUUGGAAGAAGGAUCAUCAAAACACUCCGCAUGAUAAGAUUUUACUUACGGUGAAUGUAUUGGUCGCGUCUCUUCUGGAGGCGUUCUGGUCCGUUCUGAGCGCAAGAAUAGCGUUGCGAGGGAUGAGGAAUAGAUUGCCGGAAAGCGGUUACUCGAAUGGAUCCGUCGAGAACAAAGUGGACGGAACAGUGGCGGGAAAGAGGAAACCACCUGCGCCUAGACCGGAUAUUCUGGAUCACGAUCGUAGACUGACCGAAAGUUUGCAACAUUUCAACGCGUUGCAUGGUCUACGAAACUCCGGGCCGAGACUUCCCUUGCCAGAAUCCAGCAGGGAAUUCAGAGAAAGGGUUGAAAGGUUUCUGGCGAAUCAGGCGGCGCACAGGGUCGUCGAGGGAUCCUGUUCUUGAUAGAAACGUGAAACUGAACGAGGCGGAAUAAAUAGUUUUUGACGAUAGGAAAAUUUCUUGUAGUUUCUUCGAUCUCAAUAAGCAAUACUUUAGAAUAGGUAUUUAACCCUUUAAUUGAGGGUACUUUUAGCACAGCCGAUCGCUCUAAUUUUAAAUUAUAUUACUGAAGUGAUAUUUUAUUUUAAAAAAUUUUUCUUAUUGUAUUUAUUUUAUUUUUAUUUUAGUGAUAUAUAAACCACAACCGCUAUUUGAUAUUAGCAAAAAUUAACAUGUUGUUUAUAUACCACACCCGCCUCUGGCUAUAAUUUUAGUAUAUGGUCUAUAAACCACACCCGCAGUUAAAGGGUUAAUAUGGCGGUUUCACCAGCAUCGAAAUUAUGGAUCAUGUUUAUAAAACGGUUAACGAACGCAAUAAAAGAUCCGUGUAAGAAUAGCCGUUAAUUUUUCCUCGUUUACCGGUUCGUUAAUUAAUUCGAAUCGGUAGAAAUGUACUGUUAAAUGCACUGUAAGUAAUUUGUAAGUAAAUUGCGUCUGGCUACGAUUGCAACACAACUGCUGCUGCUGCUGCUGCGGAUUCAGACACCCGAGUGGAUACAGUUAAAGAACGGUAGUCCGUUUUGCUAACGAACCUUCAUUCGAAAAGAUCGUAUCAACCGCGACACGAUCUUAGAAAACACUUAAUUGCAAUUUAUUAACAUCAGUCGCUACGUUCCUAUGCCUUUGGUUAAUUAAAUGAUUGAGCUUACGGCAUACGAACCCGUUGUCAGUCAGAUGGGAUCGUAAGAGUGGAAAACUUGGUCAGAACUGACAAUUUUAUCGUCUGUUACAUCGAUCAAGAUAACGUAAUUUCUAAUCGCGCUCAUUCAUGUUUCGUAUUGUAUUUAUUUAUUGAACUUGAGUAGGCGAUAGAAAAGGAUGCUUUCCGUGCUGUCGCUGGUGAUCGAUCUAGAUUACGCGAAAUUAAUGGUAACUUACAAUGGUCAGGCAUCUCGUGUGUGCACACGUUCUUGCGAAAGUUCAACGAUCGUGCCGCCUGUUGCGAAAGCGUAUAAUCUGAUAUUGGGCAACGCGCAGAGAGCGCGGGAGUUCUCUAAGAAAAUUGCUGACAAUAGCUGUGCCCGGUAUAGAUCUCGCAUUCCUUUUUAAAUGCUUACCUGGGUGUGUUUCAGUGACAUAUAGACCGCGAUAAUAUCGUUCGUUCGGAAUUAAUUUGUGUCCUGCUUGUAUCGGUUUCUUUAUUUUUUCAUUUGUCUUAGUCCGAUAACCCUUAGGCU